UUAGAACUUAAUUCAUUCCUAUUCCCUCCUUUUAAACAAUAUGAACACUGUACAAGGUUUGUACACAAUGAUACCCUCCUGUACUGCGUACAUGCUUUUUAACAGUAAAGUUUGUACUCCUAUGUAUGUUGUACAUAUGUACGAUUGCUUGUUUUGUUUACAAUCUUAUGUAUAAUAAUUACCAAUUGUUUAAUGAUUAUAAAGAUGUGUACAUUGUACACUAUACAAUGUACACACUGUACACUCUAAGCUAUAAUUUUGCAUAGCUAAGUUAAAUACAUGAUUGUGAUAAUUUAACAUAUUUAAUUAGUUCAAUUUUACGUUUUGUUUUAACCGAUUGUUACAGAGAAAAUGCGGGACGUUUGCUGAAGCUUACGCUCAAUAAGUUUAAACUAAAAGAUUGAGCCUGAAUGCAACUGCAUGGGUUGGAUGAGAACCAGAUGAAGGAUGACCGGGAAAACAUAAAAGAGAAGAACAAGAAGAACAACACGAACGAGAAUAUUAAGUUAAUGAUGAAUUCCAAGGAGCUGAACGUCAAUGUCCCGCUCGCUACCGUUGACUCAGAUUCUGAGGAGUUUGAGGGUUUCUCUGAGUUUAGUCUAGCCGGAGGAGAGCAGAAGAGUUCUAAUGUAUCUCCGGAGAACGGAGUACUCAACCUAGGAGGAGGAGGGAUGGAUUCUAUGACAGGGAGUCUAGAGGAUCUUGUCUCCACCUUCGACGAGAAGCUGACAAUGUGCUUUGCCGACUACCAGGAGCAGGUUGACAAGAUAGCUCCGGUCCAGGUUCGGUCUCAAGAGGAGAUAAUGAAUGAAUGCCAGGUUUGGUGGACGCUGACCGGAAACUUUGGGAAUAUUAUGCCGAUAGACUGGAGCAAAACAUAUACAAGAGCUAAACAUAUUCCAACAUUAAACCUUUGUGAUCCUAGACCAACAGGCGAUAUUGACGGUGAUGGUGCAGAGGACGAUAUGGUUGCAGCAGAUCUGGAUAUGCACCAACUUAUUCUUAACUCAGAUUCACAAAAAUCGGAUCCAAUAAAAUCUGCUGAAGAGGUUCUCCAAGAGAUUGAUGAUAUUAUUGACGACGACGAUGAAGAUGAUGAUGAAGAUGGACGUGAACCUGUAGGUCUAGAUCCUCCUGGUUUCCUUCCUCCCCACUCUAUCCGUUCUUCUACAUUUAUCGGGCAGGCGCUCCAGGGACGCAAACUUGAGGAUUUAUCAGUUCAAGAACUUUCCCAGAUUCUCUCCGAUGUGGAAACAUUGGUCCGGGAUCUUAGUGAAGAGCUGGUAGCUGAUCUAGGGACCAGAGACGAGCUAGAAUUUGAAAAGGAAUUAAAGAAUAAUUUUAUCUCGCUGCUUCUAUCAAUACAAUCGAAACGACGACAGAGUAACAUUGACGGGCAAACAUCGAAACGAAGUAAAAAUCGUCGAGACGACAAGUAUUUAACUACAGUGAUACCUUACAACGCGGAGCGAGGUUGUCCUCCUCUCCCCACUCUCCAGGUCCUCGUCAAGAUACUCAAGAGUAUAAACGAGGAUAGUCCUGCAGUUCCCGCCUUACUUACAGAUUAUAUUCUCAAGAUCCUCUGCCCAACCUAACCUAGCCUCCACUUUUUAUAUAUUUACUCGUGUCAAACAUAUUUUAUUCGUCACAAAACGCGCAAACUAUUUUUUAGUUUCUCACAACAACCGAACCAAGAAUAUUAGAUCUUUGCUAACAAUAUUUUUAGUCACAAAAUCAAACAUUCUCAUUAAAGAGCACCCUAUUAUUGUUUCUAUUUCAAGCUGCUUUUAUACUGGUUAUACUUAGAGCUGCUUUUGGACCUACUUGCACUAAACUUAGAGAUUUGCUUGGUUUUAACUUAGAGCUGCUCUCAGGUUUUACUCGGAGCUUUUUAAAGUUAAAAUUGGAGCUUUUUCUCCUUUAGUUUAGAGCAUAACACUAUUUUUUGUGAAAUUGGCUGCUCUGCGCUAUACUUUAAGUGGUUUAAUAUUUGUUAUUUAAAACCUAUGCUCUAGGUAUAGCUCUAUGCUUGGAGAUGUAUUUCACUACCUAUACUCUGCUUCUCUUAUUCUGUUAGAUUAAUUUAAUUUUACUGUACUGCACCUACUUUACUGUACAGUACCGUACUGCACCCACUGUACUGCCAGCUGGAGCAAAAUUAUCGAGAUGUAAAUAAACUAAAAAAAGUU